UGUUAAGCAAAUAUAUGGCUAUAUCAGUGGUAGCCAGGGAAGAAGACUAUUCUUCUGGUUCUUCGAGUCUCGUUCUGAUCCAGCCCAGGACCCGCUCGUCCUAUGGCUUAAUGGUGGCCCUGGCUGCAGCAGCAUGACAGGACUCUUCCACGAGAAUGGACCAUGCAAGGCUAAUGAUGAUGGAACGGAUACCGAGCUCAACCCGUAUUCUUGGAAUACGCGAGCCAAUCUCCUCUUCGUUGACCAGCCUGCAGGAGCAGGAUUCGCUGACGGACCACUCGUGACGAAUGGCUCCUUCGAGGCAGCUGACGACUUGUACAUGGCCCUACAAGAGUUCUUUGCUAAACAUCAGCAAUAUAGAGAUAAGGACUUCUACAUUACCGGGGAGUCGUAUGCUGGUCAUUACAUACCCGCCAUAGCUCAUAAAAUAUGGCGAGAAAAUACUCGAGGGACCGAACCUAAUAUUAACCUCCGUGGACUAGCCAUCGGGAAUGGAUGGAUGAAUGCUGCACUCCAAGUUCUCGAUUACCCCCAUAUGGCCUUCGAAAGCUGUACUGCUCCCCACAUCGCCACCUACAAAGAAUACGUGGCGCAGACUGGAGCAGCAUGGCAAUGCUCGAGUGAAAUAAGAAAGUGUCUGUCAGGCUCCCGCUCUUCCUGUGGGUAUGCUGAAGCUUGUAUCGAUGAUCCCGCUGUAUUUGCCCCCUUGUUCAGACGAGGCAUCGACGUGUAUGCCGUUGUUCACGAGACCGGGUGA